CCGCCUGCCUCCUCAGGGAUGAGCCCCUUUGGCUCGGCGGAGAACUUCCCCAGCCCGGCAGGAACCUUUUUUGGUUUGAACCGCCGCGCGGCUGUCACUAUAGAGAUAGGAAAAGUCUAUAGCCCCUUUUGUUGUCUCUAUAGUUUUAAUGAGGCUGGGCGGAACCGGAAGAGAGAGGACGGGGGAACGGAAAGAAGGGACGAGGAAGAAGGUGUUGUAGCUUAUGUUGAAGUAUGGUCAUCUAGCAGAACAGAAAACUACUCAAAAGCCUUUACUCAACAACUUAUUGAUAUGGGAGCAAAAGUUUCCAAGACUUUCCAUAAGCAAGUGACUCAUGUAAUCUUUAAAGAAGGACUGUCAUCUACAUGGAAUAGAGCUCAGAAGGCUGGGAUUAAACUAGUGUCUGUACUUUGGGUAGAAAAAUGCCGAGAGCUUAGAGCACGUGUUGAUGAGUCAUUGUAUCCUGCAAUAAAUACUAAUGAAGGGUUGCCUCAGCUUAUUAAAAAGCACAAAUGCAUGCAGCCCAAAGACUUCGUUGAAAAAACUCCAGAAAAAGAUAAGAGACUACAAAAAAGGUUGAAUAUAAUGGCUAAAGAGUUAGCUGUACAAAAAGCAGCAACAGAGACGGAUAUACCAGUUCUAUUCUUUGAAGAUGAUGGUUCACUAGUGUACAGCCCAGCAAGUAAAAUCAAGUAUCAGUGCAGUGCAAUGGAGAGAAGGAUAAAAGACAUGAAGGAGAAAAGGGAAAAUCUUUCCCCUACAGCUUCACAGAUGUCUCAAGUAUCUGAUUCCUGUUAUACUCCAGCAGUCAAUGAACCAAUUCUUGUUUCUACCAGUUCGACUUGUGUACUGUCAGGAGGAGACAGCAGUGACCACUUAAACUCAAGUUUCACUAACUUGUUGAGAAAUUCUAAAAGCAAGAAUCUUAGAAAGGGAUCUACCAAAUGUGUGCUUGAAGUUGAAAGCGUCACAGAUGUUUCCAUGGGUGCUUUAGGGAGUUCUCCGGUUUCCACAGGUGGCUCCAAACAUACAAAUCCAAGACAACCUAGUGGCAAACAUUUAAGAAAAAAAGUGUGCUUGGAAGGUGACUUACUUCCCCAAAUGGCAAAAACUGAAAUGUCUUCUGCACAGAAACAUGGUGAUAGGAAUGAUUGGUUUACCACCACAACUGGAAAUUGCAUUUUUCAGGCAAACAAUGAUUACAGAGUUUCUCCAGAAAAAAAUGAUCACUUGGAAGUUGCUGAAAGUAGGAGCAACAAUUGCUCAAAUUCAGAAAUUGAUUUACCUUCAAUUAAUCCAACUCUUUCUCCAGGAACAACUGAUUGUUCUUCCACUUGCAAAAAGCAAAAGAAACCGAGGAGAUCGAGUCUUCGACAGAAUACCUCAGUGUUAUCUGAGAGUGAUUCUCAAAGUGAAUUCUUGAAAUCAGUGCUCACCCCUGUUGAGUCUACUAAAGACCAAGAUACUUCUUUCGAAGAUUAUUUUUCACCUUCUAACCUUAAUAAAAAUAAAAUAAGAGUUAGCCUUCCUUUUCAAUUCCUGCAGAAAUCAGAGGGUCCUAAUGGAAUGGUUUGUAAAUAUAGCCAUUCAAGAAGUAAUCCAGAGGCAAUGUUGCAAGGGUCAAGUAAAACCGGUGCAAGUUACAGCGAAAAGAAGAAACGAGUGCCUGAGACUGAGAAUGCUAAAAGUAGUGACUGCAUGCUGUCUUGGAAUAAAGAAAGUGCAACUAUAAACUGCAUGUCAGAUUGUGAAAGAGACACUAUGGAGACCCCAGACUGUCUUCUAAACCCCAGUAUUCAUGAAAGGAUUUCCACAACCAGUAUCAAUAGAUGUUCUCCCACUCCUGGUGGUGACAAACUUUCCAUGGGUGAUGUCAAAGAUGGUUCUUGUGACCUUUUGUGUGACCAAAUGAAUGAGACUUGUGGGAAAUUAAAGAGUACCGGGAGAACCAAAAAGCCAUCAAGAACAUUAGUCAUGACAAACAUGUCCUCUGAGAAGCAGAAUGCCAUUGUUCAGGUGGUGAAGAAGCUGGGAGGCUUUCUAUUUUCAGAUGAAGUGUGUGAAAAUACAAGCCAUGUGAUUGCAGGGAGCCCCUGUCGUACCUUAAACGUAUUGAUGGGAAUUGCUCGGGGCUGUUGGAUUCUCUGUUAUGAGUGGGUAUUGUGGUCUCUUGAAUAUGGCCACUGGAUUUCUGAAGAACCAUAUGAACUCUCUCUGGAUUUCCCUGCAGCUCCAAUCUGCCGAUUUCAACGCUACCUUCCAAAUAGAAACGAUCACCAGAAACUCUUUUCAGAUCACCCUGUAAUGUUCAUAUCUCCUACUAGUCAACCACCCUGUGAGAAACUGUGUGAGCUGGUAGAGCUUUGUGGAGGAAAAGUGUGCAAAACCCUCCGACAGGCUAAAAUCUGUAUUGGAGAAUGUAAGGUUGGAAAGUACACAGACGUACAAUGUUUAUCUGAAAAAUGGAUUCUAGAUUCAAUCACACAGCACAAGAUCUGUCCACUUGAAAACUACACAUUUCAAAAUAAGGAUUAGGGUACAUGUGUUUAUUCAUUACUCUCUUGAACAUCAUACUUCAUCUUACAAACUGAACAAUAAAUACUUCAAGUUUUGUAAAUGUCAUGGCAUGAAACAUGUUAAAAAACCAUGCUCACUUAAAAAAAAGCCUCCAAGUUACAAGGAUCUGUUACUUUAAGGUGGUGAAGGGAAUAAGCAAGUCUAAGGGCUACACUUAUUCUGUCCCAUGGUAAAAAAGGCCAUCUAAACAGUGAUUGAACAUCACAUGGAUAAUUACAUUGUAUUUGGCCUCAUGUAGCCAUUUUAACAGCGGAUAUUGCAGUGGGCUGCACAUGGUGCCAUUUGUUUAUGGAAUCAAAGCCUGUACAACAUCAAGACAGAAGAGAUGAAUUUUCAACUUAGCAAAUAUUUUUCCCUUUAUAAGUUUAAAUUUUAUUUGCAGCUUUCUUACAAACUUUUAACAGAAAUGGCAAUAGAAGGCUAUCUGCAAAUGAGGAACCACCCUUUAUAAGCAAGCAUAUGAACCCCUUUGUUAGGAAACUUUCUGCCAAGACAGCAAUAUAUUAUGGACUGAAAUAGAAAUAAAUAAAAAGUGACAUGUGAAAACAUGGUUCCCAGUAAAGAACGGUAUAAGAUUUUAAAAAUUAUUCUUAAAAGUUUGCAUAUCAUGGUCUUCUAGCCCUCUCAUAAAUAUUUUACGCACAAAAACCCUGUCAUCACUAAUUUAUGUAACGUAACAUUCCAAAUUGAUUUUCUCAUAAGUUGUCUUGAAAUGAAUUUCAAGUUAUGUACUAUGCAACCUCUUGGGACCGCUGCUCAUUUUUUUAGGCACAUAUGUAACAGAUUUUACAGUGGGAGACUAAUAAAAUAUCUU